GUGAGAGGGGGUGACAGCCACGCUCUACGGACACACGGGUGCUUGCCUCCGUCAUCCUCCAUCGACGGCAUCGCCAUCCGUCCCUCCUCCCUCCCUCGCCGCGGUGCACAAUCUGCCCUUUUCCCUCUCAAUCCAGCUUUGCAUCUGAAUGACGGGCGGAAGGUUCGACUUCGACGACGGUGGCACAUAUUGCGGGGGUUGGGAAGAUGGCAAAGCCCACGGACACGGCAUCUGCACCGGACCCAAGGGCCAGGGCGAGUACGCAGGCUCCUGGUCGCACGGCUUCGAGAUAGUCGGCGUGUACACCUGGCCCAGUGGGAACACCUACAAGGGAUACUGGUCCCAGGGCAAGAGACAUGGGCUCGGCGUGGAGAAUAAAGGAAAGUGGAUCUACCGCGGGGAGUGGAGCCAUGGCUUCAAGGGGCGCUACGGCGUCCGGCAGAGCCACAAUACACCUGCGAGAUACGACGGCACCUGGAGCAACGGGCUCCAAGAUGGAUAUGGCAUUGAAACAUACGGCGACGGAGGCACCUAUCAAGGCCAGUGGAUGGGCGGCAUGCGUCACGGCUACGGCGUGCGCCAGAGUGUCCCGUAUGGGAUGGCGACUGUUAUCCGUUCACCUCUGCGUACAUCCAUGGCUUCCCUGCGCUCCGAGCAGAGCAACGGCACCGUGCUUCAGGACCUCUCCUCCCCCGCAGACACGCCCACAGGCAACCGCGGCGGCUUUGUGCUCAACUUCCACUCAGACAGCGAGGUUGUGACAGGCAAGAAGAAAGGUCUCUUCCGCCGGGGCUCCCUCUUCGGUAGCCUACGGCAGCUGCGUAAGUCCGACUCCCGGACCUCCAUCUCCAGCAAACGCAGCUCGGCACGCAGCGACGCCACUAUGAGCCGCAUCAGCUCCAGCGACGCCAACUCCACAAUAUCCAUCGGCGAUGGUGAGCUGCAGGACGAGGACCUUCUCUUGGAGGACCACGUGGAUGCCACCACCACCGAGACCUACAUGGGAGAAUGGAAGAACGACAAACGCAACGGAUUUGGCGUUUCGGAGAGAUCCAACGGGAUGAAGUAUGAAGGAGAAUGGCUGAACAACAAGCGCCAUGGUUAUGGCUGCACAGUUUUCCCAGAUAGCACUAAAGAAGAAGGGAAGUACAAAAAUAAUGUGCUCGUGCGUGGAAUUAGGAAGCAGCUGAUUCCUCUAAAGAAUCCCAAAACCAAAGAGAAGGUGGAUCGGGCAGUUGAGGGAGCGCAGAGGGCUGCAGCCAUCGCCAGAAGCAAAGUGGAAAUAGCUUCUUCUAGGACGGCCCAUGCCAGGACUAAAAGCGAGGCUGCAGACCAGGCCGCCGUCUCUGCCGUGCAUGACUCAGAAAUCGCCAGAUCGGUUGCAAGGGAGCUCGCGCCCAACUUCUAUCAGCCAGGGCCAGAUUACGUAAAACAGCAGUUUAAAGAGCCCGUGGAGAUUAAAGAGGUCCCUGUCGAAAAGAAGGACAGCUCGCCGAGUGAUUCUCCUCACUUUUAUCGCAAAGGCACCACUCCCCCUCGUUCCCCAGACAACAAUCCCAUGGGAUCCUCUCCCCCCUCCCCUCACUCCAGCAAGAAGAAAGGGCAUCUCUCCAACAGCAACGGCCGCAAAACCAGCAAGGAAGAACAAGUGUCCCGUAAAAUAAGCAAGGAGGAGAAGUCGUCCCAUAAAACCAGCAAAGACGAACAUUCUAGCAAGAAGAAAGAGGAGCGGUCGUCCGUCCCGGAUGGGCCUAAAAGUUCUCAUAAGCACAUCGAAGCACCCCCUAAACCUGCUAAAGCUCAGCAGGUGAGCCCGCCGUCUGCUGCUCCCCCUCAACCUACCGCACAACCUCCUGCCAUCCCGGUCAACGGCCAGCUCCACACAGAGUACCACAGCUACUAUGUCAAAGCCCCCGUCAAAGGCCCUCCACCCCCUGACCCAGAGGAGGACCCUGAGGAAGAGCCGAGUGCCCUGGUUCUGGCACGUCUGCCACCACAACCCAGGUCUGUUAGUACUCCGACACCGAAGCCGGACUCCAUACGGCAGAGCAAGAACGAACCGAAACUCAGGAAGCAAGAUUCCCUCAAGCCAAAGAGCCUCGCUGACACAAAGAAAGCCAGCAUGGAGAUUGCAGAAAGCACGGAGGAAACGGGUCCCAACUCCAUCCUUGUUGCUAUGGUAAUGCUGUUGAAUAUUGGCCUUGCAAUUAUUUUUGUCCAUUUUCUGACAUGAUAGUGCUCAUUCUCAGUGAAAACACGGCAAGCUAUGCAGCUGCAUCGCCGGCCUCGGAAAAAAAAUGAAAACGGCGCCAACAAGUCCGGGUGGCGGCCGGAGGUGUUUGGUUAACAGCAUGACACCGGGGAGGAAAAUCGAGAGGGGGACGGGCGUCACCGCGUGGACCCCUCCCCCCACCAAUUCCUAUAGGCUUCUGGAAAAUCUGAGGUGACAGGUCGUGUCUAGUAAGUUUUAACAAACCAAUCAAAACAUAGUUGAAGUCAUUUUGAACACCCGCUGGUGCCGGGCCGGGCCGUGAGGAGGACCGACGGACUUUGCUGCUGGAAGAAAGCCGAGCUGCACUUUUAGAUGACGGGAGCAAACAGCUGCCUUUCUAUUUUGCCAUCACGAGGAGGUGAGGUGGUGGGUUAGGGCGGGGUGUGGAGCAGCCCCAUAUGGGAGCUUUUGGCGGGUGCUUUUCAAGAGAAGGGGGCGGAGGGGUUCCCAGGAAGCUUGUCUGUUGCUAAGCAGUCACUCGCCAGUCUUACCUCCAUGUUUGUCGAGCUCCAUCCACACUGCCCCCUCAUUGCAUGAACUCUUUAUUUUAUUGAUUUUUUUUCUUCUCGGGGUGGUGGUUACACCUUUUUAUUGUGAAAAUGCCCCUCACACCAAUUGUCAUGUAAGUGCAAUAUGUUCUAUUUUUUCCUAAAGUAUAUUUUGCCAAAACAACAAAGAAAUUAUAUUGACAGACUGAACAGGAAGAGAGCAUGCUGAUUGACAGCUGGCGAAAGGAAAGUUUAUUGAAGCCAGCUGUCCAGAGUGAUGUCUUAUUGUGUUAUUUAUUGAAAUUGACGUCUCCCCUGUCCUCCAUUGUUUUUCAAAACGCCGCUGCUUGCAUGCCGGGCAUUCAAACCGUAUUUGAAGGUUACAGGUUGAUGCAGUGGGGAAAGGAUGCCUUUAAAAGUCUUUAACAGUACUACUGUGUACCUCAUUAAAAGAUGAGGAAGUGGGGUUUCUAUGGGGGUGGGGGAUUUGACAGAUGCCAUCCUUGUCUUAAUAUUGUGCAAGAUACUCGUGACUGUUGUCAUCUCCUUCAGUCAUGCUUUUUAAUGAGUUUACUUGCCUCAUUUGUCCUCUCUGUCGCAGCUAAAGCAUGUGUUUCUUUGACUUUAAAAAAAAAGAAAGAAAAAAAAGACUACUUAUUUAGUUUAUUGAAAUGAAUAUGAAGGUUAGGUGUGUGUCAUCAUUAGGGAUUAAUCAGCUAUGGGGAAGAUUAAUCAUCAAUCAAACUGGUCGUAUUUAAAUACAGUUGUGCCUCGGGAUACAAGCUGUCUCUCUGUUUUAGGUUAAGAGCAAAAGUUUGGGUUACGAGCCCCCCCAUCCGCUUGUUGGCGUAGCGAAUGUCACAGUGAACCCCGUAAGGAUGUAUACCCUGUACUGGUACCUUUUUGGUAGCAGUUCCUAAUUGGGUGGGUCCAGAAAGACCGUUAAGAUUCUGGACUAAUGAUACUGCCAUCUGUAUUUUUUUAUUCAGCUGACCGUCGCAAUAAUGAUACGUUGGUGCCGCUACUCCGCACGGGUAGAUGGUACCGUAUUUUUCGGACUAUAAAUCGCUCCGGAGAAUAUGUCGCACCGGCCGAAAAUGCACAAUAAAGAAGGAAAAAAACAUAUAUACAACGCACUGGAGUAUAAGUCGCAUUUUUGGGGGAAAUUUAUUUGAUAAAAUCCAACACCAAGAAUAGACAUUUGAAAGGCAAUUUAAAAUAAAUAAAGAAUAGUGAACAACAGGCUGAAUAAGUGUACGUUAUAUGACGCAUAAAUAACCAACUGAGAACGUGCCUGGUAUGUUAACGCAACACAUUAUGGCAAGAGUCAUUCAAAUAACUAUAACAUAUAAAACAUGCUGUACGUUUACCAAUUAAUCUGUCACUCCCGAUCGCUAAAUCCGAGGAAAUCUUCCUCCCCGGUGUCGCCUCUGGUAUGCGCCGUUUGCUUUCUUUCUGCUGCUCGAUCGCCGUUUUCUGCUGCAUAUUUCACUACGUCCGGCUUGUAAUCUGCAGUAUAUGAUUUCCUUUUCGGUGCCAUUUUAGUUCAGCCCUUCUCAGUUUUAUAAAUUACCGCCAAUGUUGAAAUAAACCAUUUUAAUAGCUACGGAUGUAGCAGCAGUUAGCAUCCCAUGACCCACAAUGCACUUCUGCCAUGACGCACAUGACCCGCCCCCGCCAAAUUCUUAUUGGUUGACGUGUGUGACGAUUGCUGACGUGUGUGUGACGAUUGCGGACAUUUGCUUCGUCUCCUACGCGAAUGAGAUAAAUAAUAUUUGAUAUUUUACGGUAAUGUGUUAAUAAUUUCACACAUAAGUCGCUCCGGAGUAUAUGUUGCACCCCCGGCCAAGCUAUGAAAAAAACUGCGAUUUAUAAUCCGAAAAAUACGGUAAUCGGCUUGGAAUAAUCACAAAUAAGGAAGCAACACCACAUGAAAGUUUUAACACAACUUCUUUCCUUUUUAACACAAUUUCCUCCUAGUCGCCAAAGUCACGCACGCUAGUAAGUGAAAGACUACGUUUACACCAAAGAUGACGCAAAAGUUGCAUUCAGGACACAUUGCCGUUUAGACUAAAGUCACGUUUAAAAAGAUCCGAUUCCAAUCAGAUUUAGACUACCUCCUGAUGUGGCCAGAUUUUAAGCACUUUGGGCGUUUAGACUGGCAAAAAAAAUCUGAUCUGUCACUUGAUGGCAAAGAAAUCAGGAAAUCACUGUCCUAUAAACGAUCCAGUAAUCCACAGGCCAAUAUUAAUCUACUCAAAAAGAGUGAAAAUGUAAAAUUAUCACUGGGUCUUAUUAUUUAUAUGAUACACACACGACACAGACACAUAUACGCCGGUGGCUGUCAUUACUGGCUUCUGGUUUGUCACUCAAAUAGGUCCAUGUGCAACAUAAACACGAAUAACAAUUCCUAUUUUAACAAAAUGCACACCCACUUAACAUGCUAAUAGAUUGUGUUGAUUUGUAUUGUAUAUUUGAUAUGAGAUAUUAUUUAAAAGGUCUGUGAAUGAACACGAAUACCAUACAUUAAUAUUAUUGUAUUAUAUCUUUGUUGUUUAAUACUUUAUUACUAUUAUUUUAAAUGCCAUUAUAGGGACGAGCAGUAGAAAAUGGACAAAUGAAGAUACUGAGUGUAACUGUAAUGAAUAGAAACACAGAGAUGGAUCUGUGUGGUCUUUACAAGGUGAUGACGUAACAACUGCAUUGCAUCUUGCGCUGCAAACAUAGUUGACUUGUUGAAGACUUUAAGAGCAGGUGUUGAUAAAAGACUUCCCUGCUGUCAGAUACAUUGUUGCUGGUGCCCAACCUAUUGUGCAAAUCAAAAUGCUAAUAAAAAUGCAUAUUUUCACAUCUUUAUUUACACAAACUACAUAUAGUAGCGAAUAUCGAUAUCGGUAUUGGUGUCGAUAUCGAUAAAAUCCUAACAAUAUACAUCCCUAGAACCCCGUAAGAUCGGAACAUAAUAUUAACUUUAACUUUAACUUAUAGCUAGAGCUUGACUUAACUUUGUUUUUUCAACUAGGGGAACGAAGAAAAUGAGUGAAGGACAGUACUGAGGAGAAGAAGUUGGUUACAUUCAUUGAAUUAAAGAAAUAAAUCUUCGUCAGGGUGGCUUGGUUCAGAUGGUCGUCCAGAGGUUGUUACCAAUCCCGCUUUUGCCAUCCUAGUCACCGUAAUUGUGUCCUUGGGCAAAACAGUUCGAUAACAAUACAAACAGAUAAAGGAUGCAUAAUGAGUGUAUGGCACACUCACUAGCUUCAUUGAACCUGCAUUGAUACUGUGUUGGUGUUUCAUAAUGGCCGUGCGCUAUCCGCUGGAUUAAAAAAGUCACUACUUUUGAACUGCAAAUAAAAUUUACAGUUAGCAAAAAAAAAAAAAUUAAUGGAUAGUUGGACAGAAAGGAAUAUGGAAUGCACUCUGGUAAGUGAUCCAAAUGGUAAACAAGAAAAUAAGAAAAUAUACCUUAUUGGCACAAUAACAUCAAAAUGGUCCCACAUUUCAAAAUGUUUCCCUUUUCUUAGUUUCAAUUAGAUUGAUGACAGUGAAGAAAACCGAUAUCAAUCGCGACACGCCACUCCUUCAACUUCAUUUAGUAUGAGCUGACACUCAUGAGCACUUCCUGAUAAACACAGUUUGGCGCUUUGCAGUUAAAUGACACAGCAGCUGUAUCGGAAACAUGUUUAGUUUGUUUUAAGUGACACACACAUUAAGGCACUGAGGGACACAGUAGCACUUCUUGUGCUUCAUAUUGCAUCGAUGUAUCAGUAUGGUUUGACCCAUCACUGUAUAACACUAUGCUAUAAUCUGGCUCACUUACAGUCUGUACAGCAGAAUUUUUUUUAAUCGAUGUGCACUGUCCUGAAUGUAAAAACAUAAAAAACAUGACUUGGCAAAGCAGUUGGAGUGUAGCACUGCUAGUCUGCACUAUUCUGAAACAGAGUAAGUCAAUAACGGCAGCCAAGAAUGUUAAAUGCGGACAUUUAUCCAUGAAAAUAUCGAGAAGCUGCUGAUAGUGUGUUUGACCGAGAAGCAGCGUGAAGGAGAUACCGUAGGGGUCCGCUGCAGUGUUUUCAUUCAAUGUGAUGUAUCAUUUUCUUCUAAAAGGCUUCAUAAUAAAAUUGUGUUAUUUCAAUUCAUUUCAAUAGCUGUUUUGCAAUACAUGUUUUUUGAGGUACACGCUGAGUUGCAGAACUCGUAUCUUGAGGUACUACUGUAUUUGUUUUAUUAUUUUAAUUAAAAGUGUUUUCCCCUACAGAUAUUAGUAGUCCAAGCUAAAUUCACAGCGCCUCUGCUGGAUGCUACCAGUAGUGCUUAUUUUGCUUAAAUUUAUCGAUUCCACAUCAAUAGUGAGCUAAUUGAUAAUGAUUAAGCUUUAAAAGGGGCUUUAAACUUUCUUGGUGUUUAGAACUCCAAAAAUAUUACACAGUCCAAAUUUAAUGUAAUCAAAUCAUCCAUCCAUUCAUUUUCUACCGCUUGUCCCUUUUGGGCUUGCGGGGGGCGCAGGAGCCAAAUAUUAAAAAAUAGGAUCAGUCAGUUAGCUUGCAUCGAUUAUGUGAUCAAAUUUUUUUUGCAACGCCCCUCCGUCUUUUUUUGGGGGGGGGGUCUUCAUUGUCAUGAUGAAGUAACUUCUGGAGGGUCAAAUUGUUGUUUUUUAAUGCAAUGUUGCAUCUUGGAGACGUUUAUAUCGAGAGAAUUCUUUACUAUUUCUAAGGAUUUUUACAGAGCACAGAAUCUGCUAUGGGUAUGGGUAUUUUUCUAACAAUUUGCAAACCUGUUUUUUGACUGUGGAUAGAACGUGUAAUUGGUGAGGUAAUGCACAUUAUCAAAGAUUCUAAUUGGUUGUACUGUAUGUACUAUGAGGGGAACGCCAGAUAGAUGUUACCUGUUUGUAUUUUUGAAAAAUGUUGGGAGGCUCUUCUGACCCCAUUGCUUUGUGCAAAGUCUUUGGAGAUUAUUUAUGUGUAUAAAAAUUUGU